CUAAAUCCCUCUUCAUUUUAUCAAUCCUUCUCUCUCAAAAACCCUAGCGUUCCCUGGUGGUAGCUACUUACAGAGGCCAUUGAAGGACGAAAUGCCAGGGCCUACCCUGGAGAUGGAGCCAGUGGAGCCACAGUCCGUGAAGAAGCUGAGUUUUAAAUCCCUAAAGCGCGCUCUCGAUCUCUUCUCUCCAAUCCACGGCCAGCUAGCUCCUCCUGAUCCCGAAAGUAAAAAAAUUCGCUUGAGCCAUAAGAUAAAUGCCGAGUACAAAGGAAUUAAAAGCUCAAAUGAACUUCCCAAACCAGUGAGUUCUACUACAACCGUUCGUGGCGAUCAAUCUUCAACGCCUUCUAAUGCUCUCGCUCUUCCAGGUCCAGAUGAUUCUAAGGACUCUCAGAAGGGUGGAGCUCAAAAUGCAUUGGUUGUUGGUCCAUCUCUGCAACCAAAGGGACCAAACGACCUUGGUGCUCAGGGCAAAAGCACUGCAUUGAUUUCUGCUCUUGGAUCAUCUGAAAGGUUCUCUACAUCUGCUAUAAUGGAAAGGAUCCCAAGCAAAUGGCCACGUCCUGUGUGGCAUCCUCCAUGGAAGAACUACAGGGUCAUAAGUGGCCAUUUGGGAUGGGUGAGAUCUAUUGCAUUUGAUCCAAGUAAUUCAUGGUUUUGUACUGGUUCUGCAGAUCGUACAAUUAAGAUAUGGGAUGUAGCAAGUGGAAGGUUGAAGCUCACAUUGACUGGACACAUUGAACAAAUCCGAGGUCUUGCUGUCAGCCAAAGACAUACCUAUAUGUUUUCUGCUGGUGAUGACAAACAGGUGAAAUGCUGGGACCUUGAACAGAACAAGGUUGUCCGGUCUUAUCAUGGUCAUUUAAGUGGUGUCUAUUGCUUGGCUCUUCAUCCCACAAUUGACCUUUUACUAACUGGGGGGCGUGAUUCUGUUUGCCGGGUCUGGGAUGUUCGUACAAAAGUUCAAGUUUUUGCACUGUCUGGACAUGAUAAUACAGUGUGCUCAGUUUUUACUCGACCGACGGAUCCACAAGUAGUCACUGGUUCCCAUGACACAACAAUUAAAUUCUGGGAUCUUAGAUAUGGCAAGACUAUGUUAACGCUCACGCACCACAAGAAAUCUGUUCGAGCCAUGGCACAGCAUCCUACUGAGAAUUGCUUUGCCUCUGCAUCAGCUGACAACAUAAAGAAAUUCAGCCUUCCAAAGGGAGAAUUCUUGCACAACAUGCUCUCUCAGCAGAAAACCAUCAUCAAUGCAAUGGCUAUCAAUGAGGAUGGUGUAAUGGUUACAGGAGGUGAUAAUGGGAGCAUGUGGUUCUGGGAUUGGAGGAGUGGUCAUAAUUUCCAGCAGGCCCAAACAAUUGUUCAGCCUGGUUCAUUGGAUAGUGAAGCUGGUAUUUAUGCACUGUCAUAUGAUGUAACUGGUUCAAGGCUUGUUUCAUGUGAGGCAGACAAGACUAUUAAAAUGUGGAAAGAAGAUGAAACUGCAACCCCAGAAACUCAUCCCCUCAACUUCAAGCCACCUAAGGAUAUCCGGCGGUUCUAGCAGUCAUGUUCUUUGUCGUUUUUCACUGGUUGGCAAUAUAUCAUCUUGUUGGUCUUGCCAAAACGAACAUGGCUAAACAUAACUUCUUCAACACAGACAGAACGGCCUUGGAUCGAGUUCCGAAACAGCUCAAUCCAAAUACGAAUCACCCUGUGUAACUAGCAUAAUAUCCCAAAUUCUGGAACGAGAUUGUUUAGUUAUUCCCAAGAAUUUAUAUAUUUGUGUGUUCCUUUC